AUGGCUCGUGUGAAGCGUUGCUCGCGUCGUCUGCUCUUUGCGCUUUACAAAGCUGCACGCUGGCUAUCACUGCUUUCCAGCUCGCUGGACAUGCAACGCCAGCCAAUGCAGCUGAUAGCGCCACAACGUCGACGCAAGAAGCUCUGCACUUUGCUCUGGCGCGUCUUUGUUACCAACAUCUUCUGGGCCGUGCAACAUUCUAUGUUCUAUACAUUCAAAAGCGUUAGCAGCUAUGCAGAUCUGAUGGCGCUGCUGCAAUCUGCCUCAGUAUCGGUCUUUGCUGUAUUUUCAUUUGUUGGACAGGCACGUGCCGAGUCCAGCUGCCUGGCUAUAGUGAAUCGCUAUAUAGCGCUGCAUGCGCGCAUUUGUAAACUAAGCAACAGCAGCAAUCUGUUGCCACUCAAGUUUAGUUUGCUUUAUGCCUUGAAACUGUUGCUAACGCUUUGCGGUUUGCUGUACGAGUUGCAGGGACUGUGGCAAAAUCGUAUGUCGCUGGAAAGUUGGAUUGGCAACAUUAUAGGUGUAUAUAUGUGGCUGGGCACGCUCUUUGUGCUGGAUGCUACUUUUCUGGGCCUGCUGCUGUCCGGCGUGUACUAUGAGCACUUGGGCAUGCACAUUGAGCUAAUGUUGCAACGUCUGCAGGCAUUAGAUGUUGCCAGCUGCCCCACGCACGCACGCCUGAGUCAUUAUAGACGCAUGUGUCUGCUCUGCGACUUUGCGGAUGAGCUGGACACUUGUGGUUUGCUCUACAGCGAGCUCUACGAUCUGACACGCAGCUUUGUGUGCAUUUUUCAAUGGCAAAUACUUUUCUAUAUUUACUACAAUUUUAUAGAAAUCUUGCUUAUGAUGUAUGAUUACAUUUGCCAGCGUUUGGACACUCAAACAGGCGAUAUGUUUACUAUAUUUCUAGCUAGCAUCAAGUUUGCUAAUAUACUAAUGUUGAUCAUGUGUGCGGAUUAUACUAUAAAGAAAUCGCAGCUGCCGCACAGACUGGCUUUGGAUAUAGUCUGCAGCGAUAUGGAUUUGCGCUGGGAUAAAAGCGCUGAAAGCUUUAUUGGCCAACUGCAAGCGCAGAUAUUGGAAGUAAAUAUAUUGGGCAUUGUGCAGCUGAAUAAUGGUUUUAUACCUGUUAUAUUAUCAGCAAUUAUAACAUAUUUGUUUAUACUUAUACAAUUUGGUUUUACGGGCGGCUUUAAGGCUGUGCAUGAAGUUGUAGCCAUGGCAAUAAAUAAUAACUAA